AUGCCGCAUGCUCCAGUUGUGUACCUUGUUGGUCCAGCCCGUACUUGGCUCAACGACCUCGUCGAGAAUUCAAUCUUUUGCUGGUUUGACCUGAAGGUCGCUUUUGAAAAGCACUUUAGGGGCACCUACAAAAGACCCUCCAUGACCAGCGAUCUGCAGGCUUGUAUCCAGAAGAAAAAUGAAACCUCCCGAGCCUUCCUUUCUUGGUGGUUAGCAACAAGAAACGACUGCGAGAACGUGGAUAAUCGCACAUCAAUGCUAGCCUUCAUAGGUGGCUUGCAACGAGGGGGGCUGCUCCGACACAAGCUAACUUGCCUUGUCAACGAGAAUAAGCUGACGCUGGACGACAUGAUCGGCAUCGCCAGCACUCACACCACCGCUGAUGACGAUGCAGGUGGGGAACUCACAGCAACAGCCAUACCCCUGCAUCAGCAAAAGAAGAACCGUGAUAACAGCGGUAAUAACAACAACAAGCAGAAGACCCCCCUGAUGACCAGAAGAGCGGCGGUACCGACAUGGUAG